CGAAGCCAAGACCGAGACCGAAACCGAACUCCCGUGGGCAUAAAUCUACCCCUCUAGACUUUAUCAUUUAUCCUUUGUUCCAAUCCUUACCUUAGGUACGUAGGCAUUCUAGUUUGCUCUUGUCUCAUCCGUAUCCACAAUGACCAUCAUACACCAUUCCGAAGAGGGACAGGAAGCAACGAUGCAAGUCGCGGAAACCUCUCAGGUCCCCUUUGGCGCCGCCUUCCGCAAGGCACACUUCGCCUUCGGGCCGAAUUACACGCCGCUGAACCACGGGUCGUACGGGACAAUCCCGGUGUCGGUGCGGCGCGCCCACGAGCAGUUCCGCGCCGAGGCUGAUGCCGCUCCGGACCCGUUCAUCGCCCUCGAGUUCCACGACCGGCUCGCGGCGCAGCGCGCCCUCGCCGCCCGGGCUCUGAACUGUGCGAACGUCGACGAGCUCGUGUUCGUGCCGAACGCCACGACGGGCUCGGACACGGUCCUGAAGAACUUGGAUUGGAGGGACGGGGACGUGAUCCUCUGCUACGAGCGCGUGUACGACUCCCUCGGCCGCGGCAUCUCGUGGGUCGAGGAGACGCGCGGCGUCGAGGUGCACGUCGUGCGCGUCGCGUGGUCCCUGGCCGACGACGAGCUCGUGCGAGCCAUGGUCGACGCGGCGAGGCGCGUCAACGCGGACCCGCGGCGGCGGCGCAGGAUGCGGCUCGCCGUCGUGGACACCGUCGUCAGCAUGCCCGGGUUCCGGGUGCCGUUCGAGCGGCUGGUGCCGGCGCUGCGGGCCGAAGGCGCGCUGGUCCUGGUGGACGGCGCGCACGGGAUCGGACACGUCGACAUCGACCUGUCGGCGCUCGACCCGGACUUCUUCGUGACGAACCUGCAUAAGUGGUUCUUCGUGCCGCGCGGGUGCGCCGCGCUGUACGUCCCCGUCAGGAACCAGCAUCUGAUCCGGACGACGCUGCCGACGAGCCACAAGUUCAGGCCCCGGAAGGAAUUGGGUUCCCGGCAGACGACGGAGGGCGAGGAGGGCGAGGCGCGUUUGUUUGCGGAGAUGUUCGAUUUUACCGGUACGGACGACACUACCGCUUGGCUCUGUGUUCAAGCCGCUAUCGACUUCCGUGACAAAGUCUGCGGCGGCGAUGCCGCUAUCAAGAAAUACUGCCACGACGUAGCGCAGCGCAGUGCCGAAGCUGCCGCGGAGAUUCUAGGCACCUCCAUUAUGGAUACCCCAGGAUCCUGCAUGCGAGACUGCUUCUUCGCCAAUGUGAGGCUGCCGCUCGAGCUGGGCACCGACGGCUCCGGCAAAGUUGAUCCGGCGCAUGCGGAUAAGGUCUGCGAUUGGUUCAAAGAGACGGGAAGCCGCGAGAGCGGAAUAUACUUCCAGACGGAGUUUUACAGAAACGUCUGGUGGUGGCGCCUCAGCGGCAUGGUCUACGUGGACGUGGACGACUUUAUAAGGGGCGCCGAGGUGCUGAAGGGACUCUGUGAAAGGGUUAGGAACGGAGAACAUGUCAAAGGGUAGAGCACAAGUCUAGAAUAGAUAGAGGGUGAUAAGUUAGAGGUUGAGCGUCAUUGGAGAUCAAAGCAUUAAACUGUUUGAAUGCUCAUGGGUAGAUUUUCUAAUACUACACUACAAUAUUUCAAUUUAAUUUCCUAAUGGGAAAUCUUCUCGUUAGAGGAGGAUAUAUUAAUCAGUUCGAAGGAACAUCCGAAGCUUAUAAUCAAAUGAAGAGAAUAUCGUGCAAGUUAUUAUUAGGGGAGUAUCCUUCAAGAAAGGAAUCAAUAGCCCUCGACAUUGGCAGCACUUCU